GUUGACGAUUUGCACACCUAGAAAAUCAUUUAACAGAUAAUCCCGUGUUUAUGGUUCUAUCGUUUUGACUUGCCGAAUAAUGAAGUGUUUUUGAUGUUUGUUAAUAUAAUAUGAAACUUUUGAUGACAACAUUGUGUUUUUAUAAUUAAAGAAGAAUAUAAUAAGACAAUGGAGGAUUCUACAAAAAGUGUUAAACUUGAAACAUCUAAAGACGAAACAGCUACAGCGGAAGAAAGACUAUUUUGUAGUGACAGACUAGAAGAGGAAAUUUCUUCGAAAACUUCUACUAAAAAUGAGACAGAAACAAUCAAAACUGGAAGCAGUUCGAGAAAUGAAAAUCUGACGUCCCCUGUGAUAAAUCGAGCAAAGUCCUCUUUCCUUAUCACAGAUAUUUUAUCAUCAGACAGGACAAGGAUACCAUCAGGGAGAGAUGACAGUGCAAUGAUCAGCGACGAUAGCGCACAGCAAAGACUAGGGGUGUACGCUCAAGUUAGUCGUACCCCUUUUAAUACAGAAUCUUUUGAUGAACUUGUUAAGCGAAAGUACGGUAUUAAAAGAUCUUACGAAGACACAGAUUUAGCGUCCGAUCCUUCCUCACCUGUAUCUCAAACCGAACAGUGUGAAAAUCUAGAUGAAGAAGAUAUCGAAACUGCCGGUUGCUCCAAGCACAAGAAGCCCAGAAAAGCGAGAACAGCUUUCACAGAUCAUCAACUCAAUUGUUUAGAAAAGAGCUUUGAGCGACAGAAAUAUUUAAGUGUCCAAGACAGGAUGGAGCUAGCAGCUAAACUAAACUUAACAGACACACAAGUAAAGACAUGGUAUCAGAAUAGAAGGACGAAGUGGAAGCGCCAAACGGCAGUUGGUCUGGAACUUCUUGCAGAGGCCGGAAAUUAUACUGCUUUUCAACGAAUGAUGCAUUCUAGCACAUACUGGUCCCCAUAUCACCAGCAAACGGCCAGAAUUCUGUCCUCUAUUGAUCCAUAUUACUUCCGCUCAGCCACAACAUCACUUCCGUCUGCGCAGAAUCCCCUUUUGACACGGAUGUUUGGACUACAAUCGUCCCUUGGAAAUUUACCCUCAUAGAGUUUUUUAACUUUAAAAAAAAAGCCGAGAGGAAUAUUGGUAUUUUACAUUUUCACAACGACCUGUACAAUUCUGUACAUUAAAUGUAUAUAGAUAAUUAAUUUACUGUAUAUAGAUUGCAUAUUUAAA